CCCGUUACUUGCCUUGCCUUUGCCUUGUGUCAAUUUAAUACUUAAUACCGACAAAUAACACGCUCACUUCAACUUGUUUAAAACAAAACAAAAGAUGCAAACAUUGUCUUAUCGCGGGCAAUAAAACAAAAGAUGCGAACAUAGAUAACGCCCUCCCUCCUGGACUUUGGCUUGGUGCGUGGUCAUUUCAUCUCACAGAUUACCUACUAAACUUAGCAUUUCAUUCAUCAUCCAGUCGUCGUUGUGUAAAGGUGCGACCAGUCUAGCGAUUAGUUUAUCAACUUAACAUUAUUUAAUCGUAGGCUAUUCGUUGGUGUGUUGUUAAUAGUUGGUAUUGUGGACGAUGGCGGGCUGUGGGCAGUGCAUCAAGGUGGAACCCGACUGUGACGUAAUGGAUGGUAUCGUUAAAAAGGAAGUGAAAGAAGAUAUGCAAAGUGUGAAGGAGGAGCCAGUGUGCGACGACAGUGCCGACACGAGCGAGGCUGCGGUCGGCGAGCUGUAUGCCGAUCACGAGGUCAAGGAUGAGCUCGUGCUGGGGAUAGAGCGCAAGUACCGCCCCGGUAUCGGCCUCGCGGUGCGCGGUAUGGUUAAAAAGGAUGAAGAUAUGCAAAGUGUGAAGGAGGAGCCAGUGUGCGACGACAGUGCUGACACGAGCGAGGCUGCGCUCGGCGAGCUAUAUGCCGAUCACGAGGUCAAGGAUGAGCUCGUGCUGGGGAUAGAGCGCCAGUACCGCCCCGGUAUCGGCCUCGCGGUGCGCGGUUUAACCGGCUAA